AUGGACCCCACUAGAGCUCCUGAUUUUAAACCGCCAUCCCCGAAUGAACAACCACAUCCACCUCUGGAUCCAACUUCUACCAUCCCCAAAUCCGGACCCAUAGUACCAUACGUUCUCGCCGACUACAAUUCCUCCAUCGACGCUCCAUUCAACAUUAACUCUCUACCAUCCACAAUCGCAUCCUCAUUGAGAAUAACUAAUAAAUCCGCAGCAGACGCAAGGGACCACCCAAACUCAUCCUCCACCAACACUACAACAACCGCAUCCUCCUCACAACGUCAUUCAAACCACAUCCCAUUGGACACCUCAGAUUUCCAACCACUAUCCACAGAAGUAUCCUCCGAGGAUGACGAUGACGAAACAAUAGACACCAAACUAUCCAUAUCCGCACCACAGCCUGCAACUUCCACGGAGGACCCCAUCAUACACAUCGGCGUCCAGAAGAACCAAAUCGCUGACUUGGAAGAAGUACCACACGGGAUAGUCCGCCAAUCACGCUCUCUCGACAACUACGAAUUCCCCACCCAUCGUCUCUGCAAAUCACUACAAAACUCAAAUAAACUACCCCUAGUCAUCGUCGCAUGUGGCUCCUUCUCCCCCAUAACAUACCUCCAUUUGCGUAUGUUCGAAAUGGCCCUCGAUGCCAUCAAUGAACAAACAAGGUUCGAAGUCAUUGGCGGGUAUUACUCCCCCGUCAGCGACAAUUACCAGAAACCAGGCCUCGCUACCGCGUCUCAUAGAGUCCGCAUGUGUGAAUUGGCAUGCGAGAGAACAUCCUCUUGGUUGAUGGUCGACGCCUGGGAAUCAUUGCAGCCGACGUAUCAGAGAACUGCCAAAGUCCUGGAUCAUUUCAAUUAUGAGAUUAAUGUGAAGAGAGGCGGGGUGGCCACCGUCACGGGCGAGAUGGUAGGUGUCAAGAUUAUGUUGUUGGCAGGUGGUGAUUUGAUCGAAUCCAUGGGUGAACCAAACGUAUGGGCGGAUGCGGAUCUCCAUCACAUAUUGGGGAACUAUGGGUGUUUGAUAGUCGAGAGGACAGGUUCAGAUGUCAGAUCGUUCUUGUUGUCUCAUGAUAUUAUGUACGAGCAUAGAAGAAAUGUUCUGGUCAUUAAGCAAUUGAUCUAUAAUGAUAUCUCUUCGACAAAGGUCAGAUUGUUUAUUAGAAGAGGCAUGUCCGUGCAAUAUUUGUUGCCGAAUUCAGUUAUUAGGUACAUUCAAGAACAUAAUUUGUAUGUGAACCAGACGGAACCAGUGAAGCAAGUCAUGGGCGGUAAAGAGUGA